AGGUUGUAGCUACCAUGCCUUCGUGGAUCAACACUGACGAGGGUAUGAUAUACUACCACUUCUCUCAAUCCGGUAUUAUUGUCAAAGUUGUCAACAUUUCUGGUAGCUCCUUCACUUCAUUCCAGAAAAAUGAAGAUCUGCCUGGGAUCUGUAGACAGUUCAACCCUCAGCUCAAUCUAUCUGAAAAUGGCAUCGUGACGAUUCUCAGAGACGCAUUUUCAAACCCCACCAACUUGAAGGUAGUGGAUGCCGUGUUGAAGGUGUCCACAUCUAUUGAAAAGUUAAAGUUCUCCUGGUCGUUUGGGUGGCAGUUUGAACUAUCUCCCUGCGUGAAUACUAUCGAAGAGGUUUUCAAUCCUAUUUGGAACUCAAUGAUGUUAUUGAUUGAAGAAAAGAAUACUCUGAUAUCUUUAAUGAAGAAAAAAGAUAAAGAGAUUGCAGAAUUUAAGUCGCUCGGUAUCACUCUGUCGAAGAAAUCAAAAAUUUCUGCCCCUUAUGACCCUGCCAAAACUCUUAAGAACAUCAUUGUUCCUGUUCAAUCGACAUCACAGAUUCUAUCUAACCAACAAUUCAAAGAAGUGAUUUCAAAGUCAUAUGAAACUCGGAAUGCUUCAGCUGCAAGUUCACCGUGUAAAAAGAAGAAAGUAGUCGCUCAAGUCGGUAUUACCUUUGAGGACAGCCAGUCUCAACCUGAUCAAGUUUUCACUGAUGCCGAUAUUUUCACGUCAGAUACUUUUAAAUCAAAAGAGGAGCAAGAGGAUGAUGUUAAAGUUGAAAAUGAGGUUGAUGAAGACAACGGUAUAUCUCAUGAUUUGAAACCCGCUGUUCCAGUUGUGAAACGGAAAAAGGCUAGACGUUUGUAACGAGGUGUUAAAAUGGUUUCUUAGAUCACCAGGAUCACGAAAAAGAUUGUCACAAGCAAAAACACGGACUAUUCCUGCAGCUCUUCACAAGGCUGUUCACAUACCAAGUACCAACUGAAAAAGGCCAGGGUAAGACCGACUGAAGCAGGGAUUUAUCAAUUGCAGCAGGACCUGCUCGGGAAAAAAGAUGGGGUCGCUGUUAAAAGAAGAUGACUCCUGUAACCUGAUCCACAUGACCAAGUUGGAAGUGUUCAACAAGGAGCGACAUAUCCGGAACACUGGCUUGAUAUGCACUAUCGGUCCCGCGAGCCGACAGGUACCUGUACUGAAGAGUCUUAUUGAAGCUGGACUGAACAUUGCUCGUAUGAACUUCUCUCAUGGUACCCACGACUACCACUCUGCCACCAUCGCCAACGUGCGCCAGGCAGCUGAAGAAGCCCGACCCUUUGGUAACAAGCGUCCAGUAGGGAUUGCGCUGGACACCAAGGGACCGGAGAUCAGGACGGGUAAUCUGAAGGGAGCAGGGGAGGGGUACAAUGAAGUACUGUUGAAGGCAGGACAGGAGAUUGUAGUGUCGUGUAACAAGGAUCACUAUGCGGAGUGCAGUGAUAAGCUGAUCUAUGUUGACUACACUAACAUCGUCAAUAUCAUGGAGGUCGGACAAUUAAUCUACAUAGAUGAUGGACUUCUCUCUCUUAAAGUAAAGGAAAAGAAAGACUCGACAUCUCUUCUUUGUCACGUCAUGAACGGAGGUGCUCUGGGGUCUCACAAGGGAGUAAACUUGCCCCACUCUAAUGUGGACCUACCAGCCCUCAGCGAGAGAGACAUCUCUGACAUAAAGUUCGGUCUCACACAGAAAAUUGACAUGAUCUUCGCGUCCUUUAUCAGGAAGGCUACAGAUGUACACUCGAUUAAAGCGCUGGUGGGGGAAGAAGGAAAACACAUCAAAGUUAUCAGCAAGAUAGAAAACAAGGAGGGUAUUGAUAACAUUGACGAGGUCAUCGAGGCUAGUGACGGAAUCAUGGUAGCACGAGGAGACAUGGGCAUAGAGAUCCCCCCUGAGAAAGUAUUCAUAGCUCAGAAGAUGAUAAUAGCUAAAUGUAACCUAGCCGGUAAGCCCGUUAUCUGUGCUACUCAAAUGUUGGAGAGUAUGACUGUUAAUCCUCGUCCUACACGCGCUGAGGCGUCAGAUGUUGCGAACGCUGUACUGGACGGUUCUGAUUGUGUCAUGUUGUCAGGAGAGACCGCUAAAGGAGCCUACCCUCUUGAAGCAGUACAAAUAAUGUCGAACAUUUGCCGUGAGGCGGAAGCUGCCUGGUUCAGCAGCCAGUAUUUCUUCGAUAUCAGAAGAUUUGGUAAUUCUGGGCUUGGAGCUCUGGAUCCUUCUACUACUACUAACAGAAUUAUAGCAGAGGGGACCUGUAUCGCAGCAGUAGACGCGAGUUUCGCGAUGAACUGCAGUUGUAUAAUAGUACUGACAACAACUGGAACCACAGCUAAAGUGAUGUCCCGGUAUCGCCCCAUGGCCCCCAUCUUGGUGGUUACUAGGAACCCCGUGUGUGCAGCCCAGAUCCACUUGUGGAGAGGCUGCUUCCCCAUCCACUAUCCUGUACCUAGAGAGGAAGAGAUGCCGUGGAUGGAUGAUGUGGAUAGGAGGGUUAACUUCGCUGUCGCGGCUGGUAAAAGUAUGGGUAUAAUUCACACUGGAUCCUCUGUUGCUGUGGUUACAGGCUGGAAGACAGGAGCUGGUUCUACUAACACUCUCCGUAUUCUUACUGUGGACGAACAAGGCAACUUCGUUAACAAAUACGGAUCUAACUGAACAUUUGCUGUCAUGAUGGAAUUUGUGCUGUUUAACGUGUUCGAACCGCGUUUAUGCCAGCGUGCCGCGCAAGACGUAUUUUGUGCAUGAUUUUUGCUCGAUUUUCAUAAAUUAUUAACUUGAUUGUUGCAUCCUAUGUUACCAUUAUCCUAAUAAUUUGAUUGGGUUCGAAUACUCAAAUUAAAAUUACUAUAUUUUCGUUUUAGAAAGAAAACUUCAACAAUUUUGAAUCUUGUUUAUUUAGAUACUAUUUCUGUGACAUGUAAAUAAUUGGAAAUAUUGAACUGGAUUGUCAAAU